AUGUUUCCCAAAUUUCCAAAAUCUAAAAUUCAUAGCUUAAAAUUUCUACUAGUUGCGGUUUUUAUGGUCACCUGUUUAUCUCACUUGUAUUCAAGUUAUUAUCCUGAAAAUUUCACAUUUAAAGAGGGAUUUAGCUCACACUUUGCAAUAAGUCCAGUGUCUGAAGUUAAAGCUGGAAAUAAAUGGAUUGUAGUGACGAGCAUUAGUUUGCCAACUGAUGAUGUUAAGAGACUUGCAUCAUUUGUGGAUUGGAAUUUGGUAGUGGUUGCAGAUACGAAAACCCCACUAGAUUGGAAUCUGGAGAAUGUACAUUUUUUGUCAGUGGAAUAUCAAAAGCAAUUACCAUUCUCCCUAGCCUUUUCACUACCUUAUAAAUCGUACACUCGAAAAAAUAUUGGCUACCUGUACGCGAUAUCUCAAGGAGCUGAAUGGAUUUACGACACCGAUGAUGAUAAUAAGCCCUAUGAUAAGUUGCCAAAGUUCCCAUAUCAGUUUGAUCUACGAGAUAUGCGAGAUAUUAGCGUGCUGACGUCACAAUUUUCUUGUCAAAAAAUUCCCGCACUUUUUGUAGAUCAACCCGUCGUGGGACAGCCUGGCACCAAUUUCUCUAAAAAUUUCUCUAGAAGUAAAAUAUUUUAAGAUUAGGACUGAACCAAUUCAAUUUUCAAGACACAACUUCCGGGGUACAGUUUCGACCGUAAAAUGGAACUUCUACAGAAAUACGGCAACGCCUUUUCAACCCAUAUCGGAUUUUUGGGAUGGAGCAAAUGUGGCCAAGAGGGUUCCCGCUGGAGCACUUUGAAAAGCACACCAAUGGAAAUGAAAGUCAAGUUUUAUGCUAUAAAAUGAAACGAGCAGCUGUGCAACAGGGACUGGUACAUCACGACCCGGACGUAGACGCCAUCUAUAGAUUGCUGCAUGCUGAUUCAAGUAACGGCUUGGACAUCAGUUUCAACAAAUUUGCGCCUCCUAUAACUCUAUCAGUUGGCACGUAUUCUCCAUGGAACUCGCAGAAUACAAUGUUCCACAAAUCCGCAUUUCAUACAUUGUUUCUGCCAACUACAGUUUCGUUCAGAACCACCGAUAUCUGGAGGAGCUUCAUUUCUCAGAAGAUACUUCAUUUAUCCGGACUUACUGUAUCAUUUGUGCCAACUAACGCCGUACAAUUUAGAAAUGCACAUAAUUAUUUAAAAGAUUUCAAAGAUGAAAAACAGGUUUAUGAAGAUUCCGGGAAGAUGAUUGAGUUCUUGCAUAGCUGGAAUUGCUCGACUGGAAAUUCCACCCAAAGUUGUAUGAUCGAACUGGUUAAUGAUUUGGUAAAAGUAAAGCUAUUGGGAAAACAAGAUGCGAGCUUGAUGGAAAUGUUUUUGAAUGAUUUGACUGCAAUGGGAUUUGAAUAUCCAAGUCUACUCGGAGAGGACUACAUUGAUCCCUAUGCACCAUCAAUGAAUGAAAGCACUAGAGAGGUCAACUGUAGACGGAUGCAUUUGGAAUUCGAACUUGUAGAUCCGAAUAAAAAUAUUUCAGAGAUUUAUAAAAAAUCCGAUCAGAAGCUGAAUUACUUCGGUGACAUCCUCAAUUGGUGCAAUGAAACUGGAACCUCAAAUAUAACAGCUAACUUUCCUUCUCCUAAACAACUAAAAAUUUUACAUGAAGAAUCUUAUAUUUUGCAGAAACAAAGUAAUAGUGUGCUGAUAGUCGUCAAUAAUUACCCCUGGAAAUAUGACAUGGGUCUUAUUCAAAGGCUCUACCAACCAUAUUUUGCUACAGUAAUCUUUUGCGGUUCAUGGUACCCUGACGAGUUUUCUGACGAUAUUAAUUUCACAUCAACAAUUACCCCAAUCAAUUACAUUCAUAUGAAUCCGGCUGAAAUCAAAAAUGGAUACUUUGCAUAUCACUGUGCGACUCUUGCCAAAGAAUUAGGACUGAAUGAUGUGGAAGGGUACUUUUUGAUGUCUGACGACACGGUGUUCAAUAUUUGGCAACGUAUCGAUUAUUCGCGAGUACACCAUUUAACUGGGGUCACUUAUGAGGACAGUGUGGGAUGGUGGAGGUCUCCGGAAUUUGGACUGAGCGCCGCUCAAAAAAUUGUAAAUUUCGUCAAUGGCAGUACUGACCCAAAAAUUGCUGAAACAUGGGCAAGGUUCAAAAGUGGAUUGACUGCAAAUGGGUAUCUAAUGAAUAAUUGGACUGUGAAUAAUGAAAUGACAUCGGGUUUUGGAAGAAGUGUUUCUGAUUUCUUCUACAUCCCAACAUCUGAAAGUGAAUAUUACGCGAGCCUCAUGAGAAUAUUCUACGAGAACAAUCUAUUUCUGGAGAUUGCAGUUAACAAGUUUCUCAAGUCUGUGAAUUUUCAAACAUCCCUGUCUGGAAACUCCAGUUAUUUGUGGGACAAUGACAGAAAUAUUUGGGACACGCUUUACAGUAGGGACAUGGUUGCAAUGCAUCCACUGAAACUGAGCGCGGUAAAAACGCCCAAUGAAGAUAGAAUUAGGUACUGUACGACAAUAAUUCAGUCAUGGGCUGAUAUCAUUUUCGGGGGAUCUACGGAUUUUAAAGUGAAGGCUGACAGCGAUUCGAAUUAAAA